AUGGGUCCAAAAAAACACAUUUUGAUAGGUGUAACAGCUAGCGUUUCUGUGAUAAAAAUACCGGGAGUUAUAGGGCAUAUUAGAAGCUGUGCUAAGGCAAACAACGACAUUGUUGAGAUACGUAUAGUGGCUACAAGAAAGGCUGUCGAGCUGUUCAGCUCUUCUUUGACCUCUGAAAACGUAGAAGUACUCACCGACGAGGAUGUUGUUGCGCCGUACUCGCGAGGGGACCCAAUACUUCAUAUAGAGCUAAGACGCUGGGCUGAUAUUUUUGUCAUCUGCCCCCUGGACUGUAAUACCCUAGGGAAAAUCGCUCACGGAUUGUGCGACAAUUUGCUUACCGACGUUGCGCGCUGCUGGGAUUUCAAGAAACCGAUAUGGGCUUACCCCUGUAUGAACCCUCUUAUGUAUGAACAUCCACUAACGGGCGAACAAAUUGCUAAGAUAGAGUCAUUCGGGGUUAAGUCAUUUGCGGUGAUUACGGUCGUGGAGGGCUACCGCCUCCACAAGAAAUCGGAGAAGAAAUAUACAAGAAACUAUUCAAAUUAUAAAAAAAUGGGCACUGGUCAGAGUUCAAUGAACGAUAAACUUCGUGAAACCAGACAAGAAAUCAAUCGCGCCGUUAGGGAAUUAGAACGGAAUCGCUUGCGAUACGAAAGGGAGGAGAAAUCACUGAUGCAAAAACUAAGAUCGGAAGCGAGGUCUGGUCGUAUGCAAAACCUAAGAGUCAUAGCGAAGGAUCUUGUACGAGCACGGAGAAUGGGAGUGCAGUAUUGUAAUAUGAAAUCACAGAUGUCGGCAAUAAUGGGCCAUCUCCAAACUGCUCACAGUACAAACAUGAUGUCCAAUAGUUUAAAGAAUGUAAACAAGAUCAUAUCAGGCGUCAGCCAAAAUCACAAUGUGGCAGAAUUUCAAAGACUUAUGUACAAUUUAGGUCGGGAAAGUGAGGUCAUGAACCUGAAACUUGAUGUCAUGUCGGAGUCACUGGACAACGGUCUAGAAGAUGUAGAAAGUGCAGAAGAAGAGGACUUGAUUAUAACACAAGUCCUUGAGGAGCUGGGAAUAGAUGGAUCGGCAGCCAUGCCGUCACUUGGGUUUCACCUGUUGAAAAAACAGAAUACGCAAGCAGUGUCGCAUCCAGAAGCGGUGUGUGAGCUUAAUAACGGACAUUACGGUUCGGGCAUGUCACCGGCAGAGCGAGAGGCUUCAGAUAUAGCAAAACGUAUCAGGGACUUGAGAGGGGAGGAGUAA